AGGAGGGCGGACCGGUUCUACCGCGGCCCGGCACGCGCGUCGGUCCCGCCGCUGGAGGACGCCGCCUGGCUGGUGUUGGGCACGAGCCUGGAGCAGCGCGGCGGGCUGGCGCAGGACUGCCCCGGCCUGGUGGUCACGGCGUUACUGCUGCUCGCCGAGGCGACGGCCUUCUCUGGGUCCCCGGCGGCCGGCGCGUAUGCACAGGAGGCGGAGGGCUACGCUCUAGCCCUGGAGCGGAGGUCUCCGGAACAGUUCCAGAUCAUGCUGGACAUGUUCCCGGUGCAGGAGGCGUGGAGCAGCCUGCAGAAGGCGUGGCCGUGGCUUCAAGGUCUCUCCGCGGCUCCGGGCGGCAGUGCUGGCCCAACGGUCGACAUUGUGGUGGCCCGCUGCAAGUCCUCUCUGCGCUGGCUUUGGGAGCUCGACCUGCCAGAGAGGGCGCGCGUGCUCGUCUACGACAAGUGCGGCAGUGGGCUCGACGACUUCGAGAGCGAGACGGCGGGACUGCGGGGCGCCGUUGCCGCCGUGGAGUACGUGCCCGCGCCGGAGCAGGGGGCGCUCGGGCUCAUGACCGCCGAGUGCACCGCGUAUCUUGCGCACAUUGUCCGCGCGCUCCGUGCGGGCGACCUGGCUGACUAUACUCUGUUCGUGCACGACGACGGGCCCCGCCACAUCCGGACGUCCCUGCUGAACCUGGCCCUGCGGGGCCUGCGGAUCGGCAGCUACAGCUCGCCGUUCCUGCACCUCGUGCACGAGCGGUACCCAGCUUUCCGCACGCCGUGCUUGCGCGCGGUGUUCCAGCAGGUCUUCGGGCAGGAGCUGAAUGGCUCCCUGAGCUCCUACUGCUGCGCCCACUUCAUCGUCGGCCGAGGCCGCAUCCAGGCGCGAGACCGCGGCUUUUAUGAGGACCUGGCACGGCUGAUCUCGGAUGCGCCCUAUGCGAGGGAACAGGGCGGAGCUUGCAAUGUCGGAUCCAAGCCGUGCUACGUCAUGGAGUUCCUGUGGCACGUGAUCUUCGGCGAGCCGGGGGAACUGCUGCCGCGGGCGGAGGACCCCAGCCUGCCCCUGGCCCUGCGGUACGAGGGCGGCCGCGCCACGCGUCUGCCGUCGCCGCUGAGGGUGACGCCGUACAUGGCGCUGUUCCAGCCCAGCCGGUAUUCGGACCUGCUGGUGCGGCAGGGGUGA